AUGCUUGAGAUCGAGCCAAUAGCACCAUCGCAUCCUUCAGAUGUGCAACGAAAAUAUCCAAGCAAUGCCGUCCUACAGUCAGAGCAACAGCGAAUCGUUGUACUGCAGCUAUUGAGAAUGCUGAAUGCAUCGCAACAACUCAAUGACGAAAAGAUUAACUGCAGGCGUCAAUUGCAGAAGGUGAUGCGAAUGUUGAACAGGGAAAGAAAGAUGCAGUCUGAUCUUCAUGCUGUGAAUGAUCUGAUGGUUAAAGAACUCCGAGAAAGAAUGCGACAACAAAAUAAUGAAAUCGCUGAAUCUUCCGAGCGAAAAAUCCAAGCGAUCGACAUGUUAUGUCAACAUUACUCGCAGCAAAAUCUGGAGCUCCAGCAACAGCUAUCACGAUUGCGACGAACCCAUUCAGAGGAUUUUACAACAUGCAAAAACCGAGAAAUUCUGAAAGCCGAAAAAGACGCUGAGGAAAGAAUAAAAAUGAAACACGAGCUACAGAAACUGAAAGAACUUCACAAACAACAAAAAGAUCACUGGGAUAUUGAAAUAGCAUUCCUCAAAGAAAAGACGAGACGACAGGAACGCGAAUCGCUACUUGCCAGCAAUCAUAUCGAAUCGGAUACAAACGAGUCUUUCGAGGGAGAGAUUUCAAAAAAGAUAGGUAGAACAGGGCAAUCUCGCGACAGAUCGACCACCGCAUCUUCAAGUCUCGAUCUCAGAGAGCUAGAGGAGGAGAAAAGGGCUCUACAGAAUCAGGUAAACGAAACCCAAGAAAAUUACUCUGCCCUACUAGCAGAAAUGGAUUAUUUACAAAAAGUGCAUGGCCAAGCAACAAAAGAUCUUGGUCAGACGUUGAAGCGUUUAGAAGAGCAGAAACAGGUGAUAGAAACGGAACUAUUACAAAUGCAGGAAUCAGACAUGCAACACCGAAACGAAGUGAGAGAAAGUCGAGCGCAGAUUGCUCUUUUGGAAGAAGAACGUGACGCUGCAAGGACAGCUCAAACAGGGUUGUCACGACGCCUGCAGGAGUCUGAGAGCACUUCCAUUCGUCUAGCCAAGGAAACCAGUAAGCUAGCCACCCUCAAGCAAAGUCUGGAAGAAGAGAAAGCGAAACUUGAAACAGAACUAUCACAAAUGCAGGAAUCAGACAUGCAACACCGAAACGAAGUGAGAGAAAGUCGAGCGCAGAUUGCUCUUUUGGAAGAAGAACGUGACGCUGCAAGGACAGCUCAAACAGGGUUUUCAAGACGCCUGCGAGAGUCCGAGAGCACUUCCAUUCGUCUAGCCAAGGAAACCAGUAAGCUAGCCACCCUCAAGCAAAGUCUGGAAGAAGAGAAAGCAAAACUUGAAACAGAACUAUCACAAAUGCAGGAAUCAGACAUGCAACACCGAAACGAAGUGAGAGAAAGUCGAGCGCAGAUUGCUCUUUUGGAAGAAGAACAUGAUGCUGCGAGGGCAGCUCAAACAGGGUUGUCACGACGCCUGCAGGAGUCUGAGAGCACUUCCAUUCGUCUAGCCGAGGAAACCAGUAAGCUAGCCACCCUCAAGCAAAGUCUUGAAGAAGAGAAAGCAAAACUUGAAACAGAACUAUCACAAAUGCAGGAAUCAGACAUGCAACACCGAAACGAAGCGAGAGAAAGUCGAGCGCAGAUUGCUCUUUUGGAAGAAGAACGUGACGCUGCAAGGACAGCUCAAACAGGGUUGUCAGAACACCUGCAAGAGUCCGAGAGCACUUCCAUUCGUCUAGCCAAGGAAACCAGUAAUCUAGCCACCCUCAAGCAAAGUCUUGAAGAAGAGAAAGCGAAACUUGAAACAGAACUAUCACAAAUGCAGGAAUCAGAUAUGCAACACCGAAACGAAGUGAGAGAAAGUCGAGCGCAGAUUGCUCUUUUGGAAGAAGAACGUGACGCUGCAAGGACAGCUCAAACAGGGUUGUCACGACGCCUGCAGGAGUCUGAGAGCACUUCCAUUCGUCUAGCCAAGGAAACCAGUAAGCUAGCCACCCUCAAGCAAAGUCUGGAAGAAGAGAAAGCGAAACUUGAAACAGAACUAUCACAAAUGCAGGAAUCAGACAUGCAACACCGAAACGAAGUGAGAGAAAGUCGAGCGCAGAUUGCUCUUUUGGAAGAAGAACGUGACGCUGCAAGGACAGCUCAAACAGGGUUUUCAAGACGCCUGCGAGAGUCCGAGAGCACUUCCAUUCGUCUAGCCAAGGAAACCAGUAAGCUAGCCACCCUCAAGCAAAGUCUGGAAGAAGAGAAAGCAAAACUUGAAACAGAACUAUCACAAAUGCAGGAAUCAGACAUGCAACACCGAAACGAAGUGAGAGAAAGUCGAGCGCAGAUUGCUCUUUUGGAAGAAGAACAUGAUGCUGCGAGGGCAGCUCAAACAGGGUUGUCACGACGCCUGCAGGAGUCUGAGAGCACUUCCAUUCGUCUAGCCGAGGAAACCAGUAAGCUAGCCACCCUCAAGCAAAGUCUUGAAGAAGAGAAAGCAAAACUUGAAACAGAACUAUCACAAAUGCAGGAAUCAGACAUGCAACACCGAAACGAAGCGAGAGAAAGUCGAGCGCAGAUUGCUCUUUUGGAAGAAGAACGUGACGCUGCAAGGACAGCUCAAACAGGGUUGUCAGAACACCUGCAAGAGUCCGAGAGCACUUCCAUUCGUCUAGCCAAGGAAACCAGUAAUCUAGCCACCCUCAAGCAAAGUCUUGAAGAAGAGAAAGCGAAACUUGAAACAGAACUAUCACAAAUGCAGGAAUCAGAUAUGCAACACCGAAACGAAGUGAGAGAAAGUCGAGCGCAGAUUGCUCUUUUGGAAGAAGAACGUGACGCUGCAAGGACAGCUCAAACAGGGUUGUCACGACGCCUGCAGGAGUCUGAGAGCACUUCCAUUCGUCUAGCCAAGGAAACCAGUAAGCUAGCCACCCUCAAGCAAAGUCUGGAAGAAGAGAAAGCGAAACUUGAAACAGAACUAUCACAAAUGCAGGAAUCAGAUAUGCAACACCGAAACGAAGUGAGAGAAAGUCGAGCGCAGAUUGCUCUUUUGGAAGAAGAACGUGACACUGCAAGGACAGCUCAAACAGGGUUGUCAGAACACCUGCAAGAGUCCGAGAGCACUUCCAUUCGUCUAGCCAAGGAAACCAGUAAGCUAGCCAUCCUCAAGCAAAGUCUGGAAGAAGAGAAAGCGAAACUUGAAACAGGACUAUCACAAAUGCAUGAAUUUGCCGGAGGAUUGGGUAAAUUAUACAGUUUUGUGCAGGGUAGUAUCGGUGAGGAGGUGACAAUUGAUAGCCCACACAUAGGAGAUCUCGUUGAUGGCGGUUCCAGCGACGUCAUUGUUGAGUCGGUUUUGAAUGACUCGCGAUCAUCCAAUAUUGCAAGAAAAGGGAGUACAAACAGAACUGAAGCAUUUGGAUCUCCUGAUUCAGCUGCACACGCAUCAGUAGAAAUGUUGCAAGCUGGAGGGACUGAAGCAUUGCCAGGCCAUGACUCGAGAAAUGGAAUUGCACAGCAGUUGGAAUUGGUCAAAGAGAAGGUAUUGUUAGAGGAUGGAAUAGAGACGGAGUCGAGUCAAAGCUCAGGAGAAAAAUAUCUCCAAACAACAGGGAGAAUGGAAGCGCUUGCUCGUGAAAUCGAAGGCGAAGGCGGUGUCAGAAUCAGCAAUGAGAACCUUGAAAUGGAUGAGCUUCGCAUGCAAUGCCAUUUCCUUGAACAUGAUCGAUCGGAACUUGCCAGAGUUACAAAUGAGAUUUUGGCUAUGGAACGGGAGUUUCAUGCCCUAGAACUCGACGCAGCUGUAGCUUCUGCGAGACGUCAAUCGAUGGAGGAUUUUCAGCUUUUCCAACAGAAAACCCACCAUCAAAUGAAAAAACUGUACAAGUCUUUGUGUGGAUCUUGUCGGAAUCGGAUUGACAGGGCGUAG